AUGGAUCGAGCUCAUAUAGUUCUAGUUGCGUUACCAAUCCUUUUGUUCUGCAGAGACAUUUUCAACCUAUUCACACCUAGACCUCCCAAGCCUACCUUGUAUCAUUAUCACCAGAUUGCUGACCCUGAUGAACAAGACCCUGAUCCCCAAACCGAACAGCAAGAGAUUCUCCAAGAGCCGCUUAAAUUCCCAGUUCAGAAAUCCAACGACAUUGGAGAAACUGGCGUAGGAAACACCGUCAAUAUUGAUUUUUGCACAUCUUGUUCUUACAGAGGAAAUGCAAUAACAAUGAAAAACAUGUUGGCAACAUCAUAUCCUGGGAUGACUGUUAUACUAGCAAACCACCCUGCUUCAUUACCAAAACGCUUGUUCAGCAAAUUGGUACCAGUUAUUCAAGUAGGGAUCAUCGGAACGAUAUUGGGCGGUGAGCACAUUUUUCAGAGGCUUGGGAUGCUGCCACCACCUUCUUGGUACCAGUCUUUGCAAGCUAAUAGAUUUGGGAGCAUUGCAACCAGUUGGCUUUUGGGGAACUUCUUGCAAUCAUUCCUUGAAAGUACCGGAGCUUUUGAAGUUUAUUGUAAUGGUGAACUGGUGUUUUCGAAGCUGAAGGAGGAGAGGUUCCCUAGUGAAAUUGAGUUGAGGGAUCUUGUUGGGAAUAAGCUUGCUGCUAAUUCGAGAACAGUUCUGAAAAGCUGACACCAGAAAAAUGCGGCCAUGGAUAUGUCAUAGACCACUGUUUGUGACUAACUUUAGAGCAUAAAAU